AUGCAACCAGGUGUCAUUGAGUUGUCACUCAAGCAAGUCGGUUGCGCUUUAGGAUUGGAGCGAGAUUAUCGUUACGCCAUUGUUACUAGCCUCGGCAGACAAAUGGGCCAUACAGAUGCUCACACGAACCCCCUUCUGUACCUGGAAGGGGUGGCAAUGCUCGACGGCUACAUCCCAGAGACUAUUGGAGACGGGCUCACUGUAUGCGGUGCUGCCGUUCCGUCACACCCUCGAUGGGAGUUCUCGGACUCGAUGUAUUCGUCAGCCUUCGUGGGCGCCAGCGAGGAUGAAGUUGACUUGACUACCUCAUCCAGGCAAGCACGCCUUUCCCACGAACAAUUCGAAUUUUACGAAGAUGUUGGUUCGGGAGACCGUUGGGUCGAUGAAUACUCCAUCGUCAAGAACCAGUCUCUAUUACCCGAAAACAUGAUAAUGGUCGCUGACGAGCCACCCUCAACCUUGACUCCUCCACCGCAGUUGUCGCAAGAGCAACUCAAAAAGCCUGGCCGAAAGAGGAAGACGCAGCUCAGUGAACUAGCAGCUCCAAUAUCCGCUAGACGCAAGGCCAAAGGAGACAACAAUACAGAUGAUCAGAGGAGGAAGGGGAUUGUUGCUAACGGAAAUGGGAUCAACGUCAGCAAUGACACGACUAGUCGCAAACACGCGAAACAUAAGCAAGUGCAAGAGAGAAAUCGCAUCGCUGCCAAUAAAUGCCGCAUGAGAAAGAAGGAGGAUCAGACGAGACUCCAGUUCGAUGAACAGGCAAUGGAGCAACGCCAUAUGAUGCUAUCUAGCUGCGUGGAUGACCUGAAAGAAGAGGUUCUAUAUCUCAAGACGCAACUGUUACAGCACACGAGUUGUAACUGCACCCUAAUACAUCAUCACAUUGAGAAAGAAGCACAUCGCUAUACUGACGCUCUAGGGCUCAGGUGA